UUUGACUCGCGAACACCAUCGCAGGAACUCAACCCGCCGGAGCUCACGUUUCUUCCGCUUCCGUCGGGACUCUGCUUGAGUGAACAUCACUUCCGCCCCCACUGAGCGGCGUCCUAAGUCAAUUCCAGGCCUUAGAACGCAGCUGCCUGCAGGCGUGGAGGGGGUCCCUGUUGCCGCUGUGGGGAGCUCGGCGCCCCCAGACGCCCGUGACCAUGUGGAGGCUGCUGGCUCGUGCCAGUGCGCCGCUCCUGCGUGUGCCCUUGUCAGAUUCUUGGGCACCCCUCCCCGCCAGUGCUGGACUAAAGACACUGCUCCCAGUACCAAGUUUUGAAGAUGUUUCCAUUCCUGAAAAACCCAAGCUUAGAUUUGUUGAAAGGGUACCACUUGUGCCAAAAGUAAAAAAAGAACCUAGAAAUUUGAGUGACAUACGGGGACCUUCCACUGAAGCUACGGAGUUCACAGAAGGCAAUUUUGCGAUCUUGGCAUUGGGUGGUGGCUACCUCCACUGGGGGCACUUUGAAAUGAUGCGCCUGACAAUCAACCGCUCUAUGGACCCCAAGAACAUGUUUGCCAUAUGGCGAGUACCAGCCCCUUUCAAGCCCAUCACUCGCAAAGGUGUUGGGCACCGCAUGGGGGGAGGCAAAGGUGCCAUUGACCACUACGUGACACCUGUAAAGGCUGGCCGCCUUGUAGUAGAGAUGGGUGGGCGUUGUGAAUUCGAAGAAGUGCAAGGUUUCCUUAACCAGGUGGCCCACAAGUUGCCCUUCCCAGCAAAGGCCGUGAGCCGCGAGACUCUAGCGAAGAUGCGGAAAGAUCAAGAGGAAAGAGAACGUAACAACCAGAACCCCUGGACAUUUGAGCGAAUAGCCACUGCCAACAUGCUGGGCAUUCGGAAAGUACUGAGCCCGUAUGACUUGACUCAGAAGGGGAAAUACUGGGGCAAGUUCUACAUGCCCGAACGUGUGUAGCGACUGUAAGAGAUAACUGUAUAUAGGCUAUUGAAAGAAGGAUUCUGCAUUUUUCUUUCCCUCAGCCGACCCACUUAAGUCUUUGGGUAGCUCUUAAGUCAUAACUAAGGAGCAGCAUAUGAGUAGAUGAUUUCUGAAAAACAAUGACAUUUGUUGAUUUAAAAUGACAACUCUAUUAUAUUUUCAUUAAAUAAAAUUUGAACAUCAGGAUAUAAA